AUUAUUGUUGAACACGUAACACAGUAUGCACUAUGGAGUAUUCGGUACCGCUCAGUCGUUGUUAGUGUUGCGCGUUGUGCUGAAAAGUGGUCAACGUCCGAACACGGGUGCUGUAACGUCGCGAUACUCGCUAUGCGUAACUUAAUCAUUUUCGUAACGGUGGCCGCCGUCGUUGCGGGACAAGUGGCAUCGUACAACGUGCUGGACGCCAAUGAUGGAGCGUUGUACUUGACGCCAAUGAUUCGCCAGGGGGAAAUCGAAAUGGCCAGGGACGCGUGCAAAGUUAAACCCGUAAAAGGCAACGUAGAAAGCUAUUCCGGCUACUUGACCGUCAACGACACGUACAAUUCUAACAUGUUCUUUUGGUUCUUCCCCGCGGCUAACUCGCCGGCCAACGCGUCCGUAUUGCUAUGGCUGCAAGGCGGACCGGGCGCGUCCAGCCUGUUCGGUUUGUUCAACGAACACGGCCCGUUCUCGGUGGCCAAGAGCCACGGCCUCAAGUUGCGCACUCACGCCUGGACGUCCACACACUCGGUACUCUACAUAGACAACCCCGUGGGCACCGGCUAUAGCUUUACCGACAACGACGCCGGUUACAGUACUGACGAGUCGCAGGUCGGGCUGAACUUAUAUGAGGCGCUUACGCAGUUUUUCACAUUGUUCUACGAAUACAAGAACAACGACUUCUACGUUACCGGCGAGUCUUAUGCCGGAAAGUACGUACCAGCCGUUUCCUACGCUAUUCAUUUGAACAACCCGAACGCGCCCGUCAAGAUCAACUUAAAGGGAUUAGCGAUCGGUAACGGACUUAUUGAUCCUAUUAACCAAUUUAACUACAGCGAAUACCUGUAUCAACACGGUUUCCUCGACGAAAACGAGAAAUCGAAGUUCCAGGAACAAGAAAAUAUCGGCUUACAACAGAUUUUGGCGGAAAAUUACACGGAUGCUUUUCUAACGUUUGACCGUUUGAUGGAUGGCGACAUAUAUCGGUACCCUACACUGUUCCGGAACUAUACCGGCAUGACGUACUACUUCAACAUGCUUUGGGCCAAGGAACCAACACCGUACGGUGACUGGGAAUCUUACGUUCAACAGGAGAUCAUGCGACAAGUGUUGCACGUCGGCAACCGGCCGUUCAACAACGGUUCAAUGGUCGAGAAACACCUUACGGACGACGUGAUGCGUUCGAUAAGCUCGUGGCUGGCCGAGUUGCUCAACUCCGGGGAGUAUCGCGUGCUCCUCUAUUCCGGUCAGCUGGACAUUAUCGUCCCGUACAGGGGCACGAUGCGUUUGGCUAAAGCGUUAAACUGGAAAGGCGCCAAAGACUUCAACCAGGCAUCGCGCACUAUUUGGAGAGUCAAAGGAGACAACGACAAUCAAACCGACGUAGCUGGAUACGUCACUACAUCAGGCCCCCUGACCGUCCUGUUGGUGCGAAACGCCGGUCACAUGGUGCCGGCCGAUCAACCGGUGUGGGGUCUAGAUCUCAUUAACAGAUUUACCGCAGGCAAACCAUUUUAAAAGACGGUUUAUAUUAUUAAUACAUUUUGUUUAAGAUGUUAACUCAAAACGAGUUGGACUACAAUCUGCGAGUCUAUGAUUUUGUGUUAGUUUUUAAAAAAAAUAUUUUAUGUUUUAACACGUCAUAUUUAGUUUUAAGUGUCUUAUAAAUAAAAAGUAAAUCAAAUAUUAUACCUACA